AUGACUGUAACAGUGCUGUAUAAGGCUGUGGCAACUGCUGUGUCAUCUCCUGUUGUUGCAUCUGCUGCUGUCGUGUCUGAUUCUGUGGCAUCGGCUGCCCUUGCAUCUUCUCCUGUUGCAUCUGUGGCCUUUCCAUUUGCCGCUGCUGCCCCUGUUGCUGUUGCGUCUGCUGUGGUUGCAUCUGCUACUGUUCCAUUCGCUGAUGUUUCAUCAUGUGCUGCUGUGGCAUUUGUUUCUGUUUCAUCCGCUUCUCUUCCAUCUGCUGCUCCUUCAUCUGCUCCUGUCUCUGCCGCUCUUUCAUCUGCUGCUUUUGAUACCCCCAUGGCGACUGCGGAGGAGUCAGAGGCGGACGAAGAACCUCCCAUGCCGCCUUCCCCAUGCCCCCGCUUUCCGUGUGACACGUGUUUCCACACUUUCGCUACGCGAGGGGCUGCUGCGAACCACAUGAGGGUAUGCCGGGCGGCUGAGGCGGAGAGGCGUGCACAGGCUCUCGGCUCGAUUCCGUCUCUGGUGGAGACCGACACGCAGGAGCGAUCGACGCCGCGGGAAUUUGGGGACGAGGCGUGGGCUGGGGUUACGUCAUGGGAAUGGGAAACUUUUUUCAGUGUGGAGGCGGUUGGAGGGAGGACAGUGCGCCGGAUCCCACAGCGGGCCAGGUCGGGGGUCUUAGACGCGCUCUGUUGCAUCCUUAAGCGCUUGAAGAGCCAGCCUGGAGAUGAAGCCGCUACCCUCCUACUCUUGGCGUUUCCGCGCCUUAUCCUAGCCGUGCCUCCCAAGCCAGGCAUAGGUCAGAAGGCGCUGAUCACAGAGCGGUUGGGUGCGUUAUGGGAGGGGAGGUGGCGGGAGCUGUUCGACUCUGCCAUGGUGGCGGCGCGGCCAGCAGUUCGCCCACUUUCCUACACUUGCUCUGACCAGGACCCGGAUGCCAUCCGCCUGUCACGGUGCCGAUUUCGGUGCAAAGUGGGGGAGUGGAGCUGA